ACCGUCGCGGCGGCGGAGAGACUCGGCCUGGUCACGUGACCCCGUCCCAGCUUUGCACAGGGAUGGAGCCGGAAGAGGGGACGCCCCUGUGGCGGCUGCAGAAGCUGCCCCCAGAGCGGGGCGCACAGCUAUUUCACAAAAUAAUUGAUGGCUUCUGUGGUCGAGCUUAUCCUCUCUACCAGGACUACCACAGUGUUUGGGAUUCAACAGAAUGGAUGAAUGUUUUAGAAGAUGUUACCAAAUUUUUUAAAGCUCUAGUUGGUAAAAAUUUAUCUGAUGAAGAGACACUUCAGCAAUUGAAUCAUUUGAAUUCAUCUCAUCAAGAAGCCAUCAUGAAAUGCUUGAAAAGUAGGAAAAAUGAAAUCAAGCAAGUUCUUUUAAGAGAAAUAGUUGAUAUUUCUUCUGCACAGUUACAGGAUUUUGAUUGGCAGUUAAAGCUUGCACUUUCUAGCGACAAGAUUGCUACUUUACAAAUGCCACUCUUAAACCUUCAUCUAGAUGUAAAAGAAAAUGGUGAAGUAAAGCCAUAUUCGGUUGAAAUGAGUAAAGAAGAGCUGCAGAAUCUAAUAAAUUCCUUGGAAGCAGCUAAUAAGGUGGUCCUGCAGUUGAAAUAACAGGAAAUAAUGGCUACCAAAGCCAUCAGAUGUCACUGCAACACUUGAUAUGGGAGAGUGAAUGCUGUGUGUUCAAGACCCCUGAGAUGUAUUGACUCUACAUCAGGCUGAGAGGGCAGCAGAGCCGAGAUUUGAAAGAUAAAAGUCUACCAGCCUCCCUAAGGAACAGGAAAUUACUUGGUAGAUAGGAAAUAGACAAAAUGAAAGAUGAAAAAGAUGUAGUUGCAGUUUAUAUUUUCAUAAUGAUUGUUUUGUCUCGUUUAUUAAAUAUUUGAGAAAUUUGUGUAGAUAAAAUUUUAUUGAAAGGUAAAAAUAGCUUAUAAAGUAAUGUAAACAUGCAGAAGCACAAACAUACUUGAAUAUUGCUUAAAAAUUAUGUGACUAGAAAAGACAUGUAUUAUGGAUAUAUAAUUAAUUUGUGAUAUUUAAGAAUAACUUUUAAAAACAAUGUAUAAGCUGCAUUUAUAACUCAGGAGAUUUCAUAUCUUUCUCAUAUUUCAAAGAAAAGAUUAUAAAAUAUAAAGUUUCUUAGAGAAAGGGUCUUUAUCAGACAUGAAAAAACAAAAUAAUUCAAAAUUUAUGUGAGUUUAUAGAUUCUAUGAAUUAAAUCUGGAACACACAGAAAUGAAAAUAACAUUACUAUUUCUGCAUUUCCAUGUCUGGUUGGGAGACUAUGUUCUGAUUAGAUGUCAUUGUGUAGUGUAUAUAUUGUUAUUGGGGUAUCAGGUAAGACUAUCUACAGGUCCUGUUUUGUUAUAAAUUCUUAAUAAUGAACUUAACACUUUUGGAUGUUACAAAUACAGUGGAAAACAGAAAAUUUUUAACCUCAGCUAACUUUAAAAAUAAGUAUUCUGAACAAAUAAAAAGUGUCAUGUUUCA